AUUCUGCAGUUUAGCAGAAUUAACUAUACUCGCAGAACACUGAGACAUAUUUGUUCUUAGUAUCAAAAGUGGAAAGAUUUUUUUCACAAUAUAUGUCGAAGAAUUGAGAAAGACGUAGCAAUUGAUCGCGAAGAGCGAGAAAAUACUAUGGAGGAAGACAAGCUCGAGGUUCCUAGGAUCCCAAAUCCUAUAGUGAACCCAAACUAUAUGGAUAUAUGUUGGGAGUUUGCUGAUUCUGAAAUAUUUCUGGUGGAUGCACAAGCUCUCAUCCAACUUCUGCACGAGGAGAAUAAGGAGACAAUCCAGGAUUUCGGAGUUAACAGUUUGCACCUGGUUUAUCUUAUUGAAAGAUUUCUUCAUGCUUUCAAGGAUCGAGGAGGAGACUUCACCUUGGUUUUCUUCUCUGAUAAAAGGUUGAGAACAAACCCUCUCCUCACUGAUAUUCUUAUCCAUCAUUUCAAGAUGAAUACAAGUGUCAGUGUUAUAACGGAGUUCUCGAGUCCUUUCGAUUUGGAGUUCGAAACUUAUGUACUGAAGGAGAGUGAAUACUUUUGAUUAAUGAAAAAAACAGACCAUACCUGGAGAAGGAAGGGGGGAGGGGUUCCAAGAACGAAUUGUUUGUCUGUCGGGGUUCUGAUAGUAUUCUUUCAAGAUCAAAAUUUGGCAAAUUUGGCAACACACAAAGUGUGAAAAAGGCAAUUCCUUUGCAAUUGUUCCAAAAUUGUUGAUUCAUUUUGCCAUCUUACACUGUCAAAUUUUGCCCCUGGCAAAAAUGAACCAAAAACGGUCCAAAAACGGGCGUGUUUUAGCAUAAAGUUUUUUGAUUGUUUUUUCUUCUUAAACAGGAGAAAGUAUUGCCAAAGCUAAAUUAAAGAACUGUUUUGAUAGUUUAUUUUUUUUAAUUUUAAAAAAUGAACCAAAACAAUUAAACGAUUAGGGGUGCAAGGCAAUGGCGCUGAGAAGUUUGAGAAUGCAGUUGGGUCAGGAACGCCAUCCCUCC